GUUGCAAGCUAGCCUUCUGUUUUGUUUGUCAACAUCUUUGCAGCUCAAGCUUGCCCUACUUUUCUUCUACUCUCAACGUGCCAGUAUUGGGCUUGUCCUUCUUCUCAGUGGAAUUUUGGUCCCGAGUGCUGCUCCGGUGGUCCUUGAUCAGUUUGUGUUUGCAUUUUUUUGCCUCAACGUUUCACUCCAGGUUGUUCAUUGUCUCUGUUAGGGCACGUGACGUUAUCUGUCUGGGAGUGUAGGGCUCUGCACAGGCUUUUCUUCGAAGUUUGAGGAUAUCACUGAGAACAGAAAGUUUCAAAGAUGUCGAUGGUUUUCGCUCCUCGCAUGGCUGAAGCCGCACCCAGUUCACAUGCGGGUGCUUCUUGGAGUCCCUACGACAACAACGGAGGGACAUGCGUGGCUAUAGCUGGUGCAGAUUACUGUGUGAUUGCUGCUGAUACGAGGAUGUCUACUGGGUUCAGCAUUCUGACUCGUGAUUACUCGAAAAUUCAUCAGAUAACGGAGAAGUGCGUGCUGGCGUCGUCUGGAUUUCAGGCGGACGUCCGAUCUCUUCAGAAGAACCUGGACGCCCGGCAUCAGAUUUAUCAGCACCAGCAUAACAAGCAGAUGAGCUGUCCAGCUAUGGCACAACUGCUUUCAAAUACACUUUACUACAAGCGAUUCUUUCCCUAUUACGCAUUUAACGUGCUUGGUGGCUUGGACAAUGAAGGUAAAGGCUGCGUGUACACAUAUGACGCUGUUGGUUCCUACGAACGUUCGGGAUAUAGUUCCCAAGGUUCUGGUCAGACACUUAUCAUGCCUGUCCUGGACAACCAACUGAAGUCUGCUAGUCCUCUUGUCCUACCACCAAGGGAGUCAUCAACUCCUUUGACAGAGAACGAGGCGGUCGAUCUCAUCAAGGAUACUUUUGCCUCGGCUGCUGAGCGUGAUAUUUAUACGGGUGACGGUGUAGAGAUUGUGAUCAUUAACAAGGACGGGAUUAGAAGAGAAACCAUGCCCCUCAAACGUGAUUAGGCCUGAUACACGUUCGAAAGUUGUGCACUUUACUGUUAGGACAUCUUCUAGCACAAAGUGAGUCCUGAUAGGCAGGUGAUGGAAAAGAACGAGUUAGAAGUGGCCAGUUUGAAGGUUUUAUGCCAUUUUCUCGAUGCAGAAUAUGUUUAGAAAUGUUACACUGCAUAAUCUUUCAUGUGUAAAUCCAUGUGGAAUUUUUGCACAUGAAGUUGAGAUUUCUCGUUUGUUGAUUCGCUCGUACUUGGUAUAUUACGUAAACGAGAAAUCUCAGUUAAUCCUCUGGCAGUA